AUGAAAGUGUCCAAGACGUCUGAUCCGGCUAUUCGGAGACAGAAAAAGAAAUCUAUUGCUUAUAUCGACGAACUCGCAGCGGAAAACCAGCGAUUGCGGGACCAAUUGUCUCAGUCAUCGGGUUUUCUUACUCCAAGGGAAGAUUCAGUUCCUGAUCAAGGUAUUCGGUUCUUGUGCAUCCUUCCCGAAAACUCCUGCUCAUAUUCUUCAGAUAUCACUGGACCUGCCGCAGAUACACAUGUCCAAAACCCAAUGCUGGGAGAACGGGCCUGGUUCCAGCCCUAUGACCCAUCAUCACCACCGAUUCAUAUCGGAGAAGCAGCAUGUACAGCAUUCGCCACCCGACUUCGCAAGGUUCUCACAAAGAGCGAGACGACAACUCAUAUGCCUCGCACACAGUACACGCCCGAGUCAACACUGAUGAAAAUCCGGAAUCCCGCAAUCCAAUGGCCAAGUCUCCCUCAAGCUCGGCUAUUGAUUCAAAUUGUAUUCAGCCAGGUUAGCCGGGUAUAUCAUCUAGUGCUGCGCAAGUCGACGAUCGAUCAGCUGGAAGAUGCCUACCGCGAUGGCAAUUUCGAUGAUCCAGUUUUGACGUGCAAAUUAUUUGCUUUGUUUGCCCUUGGGGAAGUGUACUCGGCACGAUCGAACUCGACGCUUGAAUGCAAUGUUCCCGGUGCUGCUUAUUAUGUCAAUGCGAUGACGUUAAUACCCAUUCUACCGGAACGUCCGAGCCUGACGCAUAUCGAGACUCUGUUGCUUUUGUCGCUGUACUCAUUCUUCCUGAACAGACGCCACUCUGCCUUUUUGCUCGUUGGCAGUGCGAUGCGUUUGGGCUUAACCUUGGGGUUGAACCACGAUAUCCCUGAAUGCAAAUGUCCUGAUCCAGUCGACCGCCAGCAUCGAACAAGAUUAUGGUGGGGGAUCUACGUGUUUGACCGAAUGUAUGGCUCGAAAGUGGGUUGGCCAAUUCAGAUUGCCGACGAGGAUAUCCACGUCGAGAUGCCAUCCAAUGUGCCGAGCGACAUCCACAACGAACAGUUCUCAGACACUGAGUUCUUGACAGCCAGUAUACAAUUGGCUAGGAUCACAGGGCAGGUCAUCGACCGUGUGUAUAGCCGAAAGAAACACCCCGAGUCCUUUCUGCAGCGCGAACAGAAGCUUCUCAUUUCUUUGAAGCAGUGGGCUUGCGCUCUUCCUCCUCACAUCAGACUCAAUCGCGAGAAUCCUAUCCCGAAGAAUGUCAUAUCGUUGCAUCUUCAGUUCAACCAAUGUAUAAUGUUGACCAGCCGGCCGGUCCUUCUGUACGCUCUUAUCCAAUCUACAUGCCCAGAGCCACCUGAAGAAGAUGCCGCUCAUACAAACAUUCGUCAAACCCUCAAAACACUCAGCGACGCCUGCAUCCAUGCGGCAAGACACACUCACUCACUUAUCUUGGAAGAAUGGACGAACGGAUCGCUCCCCAUUUUCGGCUAUUUCUAUGCCCACUAUUUGUUUUCUUCGGCGCUUAUCAUGGUCAUUUCAAGUCAGGUGUAUCCUGAGAACGGGGGUGACUUUGCCUUGUUCGAGGCAGCCGUUGAAAUUCUUCGGGCCAUGAGUAACCAUGGAAAUCUCGCUGCGACCGAGUUUCAUGAUAAUCUCGAGUGUGUCCGGCAAUGCUUGGAGAAACAGGGUGGAUCUGAGUCGAGGCCUUCCCUUCAGUUCGACCAAUCCUUUGCAACCGAUCAAAGCGGCGCGCAUCCUUCAAUAAACCCCCCUCUUUCAGGGAGGAGACCCAGUGACCUGGGCCUUAUGGGGAGUGUACCUGAGGCUAUCGCCCCAGGAACCCUCAUUAACGACAUGUCCUUCCUGGGUGAAAGUAUGGAGGAGUUCUUGGCACAGCCCGAUGUCGACUUUGACUUAUUGGAUCCGUCCAUGACUGAUGCUAUGUCCUCAUGGCCGAACCUCUCUUUAUGGACCGCAUAA